AUGGCAGCUGAAGUGCAAAUGGUACUUUAUGAAGAUGAUUCAGUGCAAGUGCAAUAUAUUGAUGGUUCCAGAUUGCAGCUUUCUCCCUGUGGCUCUGAAUUUUUAUUUGAAAAGGCACCUCCUGUUUCAGCACAUCCUUUACAACAGCCAGAAAGAAUUCGCCAAAGGACACACUUUGUUAUUAGUGCUUACCGAGAGCAGUUACAACGAGCCCUUGAUUUUCGUAACUCUUUUGCUACCUGUCCUUUUUUAUCUGAAAGCAUCAUACCUUCUGAAUUGAAAACGCGAAUCUUGAUUGAUGUCUCAGAAGUGAGAUGGCCCAGUCUUGACACUGAUGAUGGCAUGACAUGUAUGCAGAAUGGCACUGUGAGGAUAUCAUCUUUAGAUGGUCACGCAUACCUUUGCCUGCCCAAAUCUCAGCAUGAAUUUACAGUACAUUUUUUGUGUAAAGUAAGCCAGAAGCCAGACUCAUCUAUAGUAGUGUCUGAAAAAAAUAAUAAAGGCAAAAAGGACAAACAAGUUGAAAAAGCUGGCAAAAUCUGUACACCUGGAAGUUUAUCAGGACAGAGAAAACUGAAGAAUAAAGAAAAUGAAUUUUAUCAUCAGAUCAUGAAAUCCAAAGGACCUUCAGAGAAGAGUUGUGUGAAUGCAGCUGAAGGGAGGGAGGUGCUGUCUUCACCUGGUAUGAAAGACACAUGUGUAUACACAUGGGUAAAGCAGUGCUGGUCUGUGGCCUCCUGUCCAGAGGAAUGGAAAUACCCUUUGUCUUUAGCCCUUCAUUUUCAUAAUAAAAUCAGCAGUAUGUCUGGAAUUGAUGCAGAUAUCACCCAGAAGAGAAUGUUAACUUCUGAUGUUUCUGAGGAAAGAGGAAAAGAAGUUUCUAUUCUUCCCAAGGCCCUGUUGCUGAGCUGUCCUGCCCCACACUUGCACAGGUGGAGCUUUUCUGAUUCACUUUCACAGAAACAGUUUGGUGAAGAAGAAUAUUCCUACCAUGAACUAGUCAAAGUGGUUUGGUACAAGGGUGUUACCUAUAGACUUACCCAUAAACAUAUGAACUCAAUAGAGAUUUAUCCUGGAGAUGGAUCUGUUUUCAGAUCAGAAGGAGCUUAUUUGGGGAACUAUUUUACAUAUUAUUCCAUUCAAGAAGAAUCAGAAGAGAGAGAAGAGAAAACUUACUCAGUAAAUAACCUUCCUCCGGAUAGGCCAGGAAACCCAUUUUCUGUGUGUUCUCUAAUUAAACAGGCAACCAGAAUUCUUCAGCAUUGUGCCAAGAUGAGGCUCUCUCUAAGCCAUAACUAUCGUAUAUGCUGCUGGAAAAUGGUACCUGGGAUAAAUGACAGUAGUGUACUGCCUUUGCUUUUGAGAGAAUCCUUCAUGCCUGGCGUGGGAAGAUUUCUUGCGUACUCAGAUGACAAGGUACAUGCUAUCUUUUUAGAUGGCAUUACUUUAACCCUGAAUUGGAAUUUUGGCUCUUUUAUUGAAAAGAGACAGGUAAAUCAAGGUCUCACCUUAGGCUGGUGUAAGUUAACUUUUCCUGAUGGACAAAAUCAGUUAAUUCAAAUUCAGCAUCCCAGACCAUAUGAAAGAUAUGUGACAACAGUAAUAUCAUGGUGCAGAAGGCUGACCCAGAUUAGUCAGCAAGAAAUACCCAUACAUCCUUCAUCUUCUGUUCCUGAAGAAAGCUGGUCUGUGGCUUCUGAACUUGAAAAGAUACAGAAGUUUAAUUUGUUAUUGGAGAAUAGUGGUGUCCUAAACCAGAUUUCUCACAAGAAAAAUGAACAGUCUUUGGAUCGUUGUCAACCAAAAUCUUCAGAAACCUUGCUAAAAGAAGUUAAUGAAAAGAGUGUAUCAGUGGCAUUGAAAAAAACCUCUGAAAUCCUUCAGGAUAUUGACAAUCUUCUAUCAAACUCUAAAUGGUGA